CCUCCAAUAUCAUAUUCAUAUGUAAACAUUAAACGGAUCACAUCGCUCCAAAAUAAACAUUUUGGUUUUGUUCAUAUAUAUAUGGAUUAUCUGAAAGCAUCUCUAUUCCAACUUCCUUGUUGAAUUUUGCGCUUUAAUUUUCUCUCAUAACCUAAAAACAUUAUUGAAGCUUAAUUACAAGGAUCAAAGGUGAUUAACUAUGGCUGCGAAUCCAUCGUCAGAAACAAAUGGAAAGCAUGAAGUGGUUAUGAAUAUAGAAAACAACAACAACAACACAAGCAAUGGAAACUCAUCAUCAUCAUCACCCACCUCUCUCCCUGUCUCUUUGUUGCAGAAGUUUGUGGCAGAAGUGGUGGGCACAUAUUUCUUGAUAUUUGCAGGGUGUGCUGCGGUGGUUGUGAACAAGAACAACGACAAUGUCGUUACACUACCGGGGAUUUCUAUUGUUUGGGGAUUGGCCGUUAUGGCACUCGUGUAUUCCAUCGGUCACAUCUCUGGUGCCCACUUCAACCCUGCUGUUACCAUCGCUUUUGCUUCUACUAGAAGGUUCCCCUUCAAGCAGGUACCGGUCUAUGUAGCAGCUCAGGUUGUUGGAUCUACACUUGCAAGUGGAACCCUCAGAUUAUUAUUCGAUGGGAAUCAAAACCAAUUCGCAGGAACACUCCCUGCUGGCUCUGAUCUACAAGCAUUUGUCAUCGAAUUCAUCAUCACUUUUUAUCUUAUGUUCAUCAUAUCCGGGGUUGCAACCGAUAGCAGAGCGGUAGGUGAGUUGGCUGGGCUUGCAGUUGGCUCCACGGUGUUGCUGAAUGUGAUGUUUGCAGGGGCAAUAACAGGGGCAUCAAUGAACCCAGCAAGGAGCAUAGGGCCAGCAAUAGUGCACAAUCAAUACAAAGGGAUAUGGAUAUACUUGGUAGCUCCUGUUUUGGGGGCUGUUGCUGGUACUUGGGUUUACAACGCUCUCAGGCACACCGCCAACCCUCCUUCUCGUGUUAUUAAAAACACCGCUUCUUUCGUCAAAAGACAAGCUAGUCUUUAGACUCAUGCCCAACUUGUACCACAAUCACAGACUAGACUUGUAUUACUAUAUCAAUUCUCAAGAUAACGUUAUAAAUUA